GGCGCCGCCGCCCAUGGCCGCCGGCGGGAAGGAGGUCAGCGGUCAGGAGGUCGAGGCGGCCAUAGAGGAGCUCUUCAAGGCCUACGACCUCGACGAGUCUGGCGAGCUGACCCGCGAUGAGUACCUGGGCAUCGAGAUGCGUUUGAGCUUCGAGGAGGGGAAGGUCUUCAAGGGCGAGGCGGGUACCGCCAAGAUGACCCUAGCGGACACCGACUCCAGCGGCACCCUCAACUUCGAUGAAUUCAGGACCAGGAUAUUCACGCACUACGAGGAGGAGCUGCCCCGGCCGCCGCUCCGCGCGCGACCCGGGCGAGCAGAGACAAUGGGCUACAUCAGCGCCGAGGACGACGUGGGCACCCUGAGCUACUGGCUUGGACUGACGAGGCACGCCGCCCUGUUCCCAGAGGCCUGGUCGCAUGAGGUGCGGUUCUUUCACGCGGGAGAUCCCGACGCCAGGGGCACCGUCAUACAUGAUUUUGACCACCUCCGCAGCGAGAACCAUUUUGCGGAAGCGAGGGCGCUAGGGGGCGCCAGAGAGCCGGGAGAUAUCGAGGGCGAUUGCGAGGCGGAGCGGGCGGGUGAGAUGACUAGAAGCUACGGCGGCAUCGACGAGGCGCUCUUAUUCCAGGCGACAGGCGAGAUGGAGCAGAGAGCAGAGCGCCCUGUGCUUCGCGAAGGCUUUGCGGGCUGA